CGAUAAUGCAUCGCUAUCGUAGAUGAAGGACGAGGAAUGUCGAUUAUCAUGGCAUGUGUGAAGAGAGGGGCGAUUAGAUAGGCCCACCCAGGAAGGCUGUCAACCUCUUCAGCCUUGACUUCCAUUCCUCGUCGCCAUAAUGGUAUGUGCGGAUAAUGCCGCAUGGUUGACAGGGCGACCCCAGGCAUGUCGGGACGGUCCCCAACGGUGAAUCGCAUUCUUUGAAUUUUCCGAUUGUCAGAAAGCAACUCAUUAGCGACGCGAUACUACCCCGUUGGUAGCACCGACCGUGGCCAGUGCCGCCAACCAGGGCGGCCCAGCUGGCCGCCGUCAAUGGCGCGCUGCAGUUAUCCGCUCCGAUGGCGUCGGGAUCCCUGUCGGCAGCACCGCCACGGCAGCUGCAAGGGCCACUGGCCUUCACUGACAGGUCCGAUCCCCCGAUCGAUGGCCAGGUCGGGCCAGUUCUUCUCUUGCUGCCGGGCGUCGCACAAGACACUGCCCCCGUUUGUUGACAUCGUUGGGUGUCUGGCCUGGACUCUACCCCUCUGUCCACUCCAGCUGGGAUACUGCGACUCUCCCCCAGGUUUGACCACACUGUUCGCUUCUCGAUUAUUUUUGGGACUUGGUCAUAGGAGGUGGUGCAAUCACCGUGGUAUCGCUUCGAAGCUAUAUAUGGGGUCCCUCGCGAACUUGUCCGUUUCUCUUUCUUCUUUCCUCCUCAUAUAUAUAGUAUGUUCUUUUCUUUGCUUCCUUCAUUACUUUGCUUUGUUCCUUUUCGUUUCUUCCAUAUAUAUGUUUCUUGCUUAUAAUGUGUGGCUUGUUCUCUAUAUACCAUCACGCCAGGUCGCGCUUGAUGCCAGUGAUUUGAAGGCGAUAGCGAUAGGCAGGCUGCAUCCUUCGCAGGGGAUUCUUAGCCUGCAAGAAGGACGCAGUCCAUGGCGAUUGACUUGUCUUGUAUUUAUCUUGUCUUUGUGCUACGCAGGGGAUUUGAUGGCGAUGUUGGCAUGUAAGAGGGCAUAUCCAUCAGGAAAUUUCUGUUCCGACUUAUGCUACACGAUGAGACUGAUGGUGCUGAGGCCGCAAACAAUGCCGACCAAGGGGUCAUCGUGCUCAUCUGCGAUUUAUUUCCCAUACUACUCUUGACAUCUUGUUCAUUUUCCUCGUUCUUUAUACCAGUUGUUGGUUUGUAAGCCUCGAUCCCGUGCUUCGGUCUUCUUCAUGGUCAUCGAACUAAGAAUUUGUGUCUCCCCUCAUUUAUAUAUGUGUGUUUUCUCCUCCUACCCAUUG